AUGUCCCUCGCCAAGAUUCCGAGCAUCAUCCCAUCCUCAAGUCGUACCCUCGAUAUCCCUCCCAGUCAGCCCUCCCCAGGCGAGGGACAAGACUCGACUCAAGUCCCCCUCUCCCAUAGUCCACUCAACCUGACGGACAUCCAACAAGACGGCCUGCUUGGCUCUCAGCCCCAGCGGGGCAGCCAGCAGGCCAUCAUCGAGGCCAUCAAUAACCGUCGUCGCGCCGAGCGAUCCCAACAGAUGAUGGCCAAGGGCUCCCUCGCCCACAACCCCCUCACCGUUGUCCGCACAAGCCAGUACCCUUCCUCAGUCUCCUCCAGGAGUACCUCUGCCGGAAACUGGACCUACAUGACUCCACAUCUUCUUUCACCCAACACAUCCCCCUCACUCUUGCUGCGCUUACCCUACCAGGGCAAUCAACGUGCUGUAGGCAGCCGCACUUAUACCCACACAUUCGAGAUACCGACAUCAAGACCAUCUGCAGAUGCCAUCGACGCAGUGGGGUCCAGACUUCAUAUCCCUAGAGACCUCGAGAGUCUACCUGAUGCCUUUCGGAGGCGAGGUGUCAUCCGGUCCCACCCUCCAUCAAUCGUACCCGUUGGCUCUGAGGGUACUCGAGCCGGACCUACUUCUCUGAAGCGGACGCACAGCAGUAUGCUACAGGAAGAUCUCCAAGGCUCUGUGCCAACGUUACACCCAGAGGACCAGAGUAGGAAAAUGGCCAGGAGAGUCGAUCUGGGAUCUCUUCCCCAACACCUUGCGCAAGCCAAGAACCUAGCCAUUCGAAGUACAAAGGGUACACUUUCGACAGCCUCGUCCCCUUCUCUCAACAACGGCUCACAAUCAACACUCUCUUCGGCCUCGCUCUCAACCCCUUCCUCAACCAUCUCAACGGCCGAUCACUCACCCGCCAACCCAGCAAUUACUUCUCUCCAGCGACAGAGAACAAAAUCGAAAUCAAAGUCGAGCUCCCCUACUUCAACACCCGUGCGGUUCCCCUCUCCUGGUCAAGGCUCUUCCGAGUCCGUUGCUCCGUCAAAGGCAUCUGCUAAACAAGACUCUUCAAGGAAUGCAUCUGCUUCUGCAAGUCAUGGUCAUGUAACUCGAUCUAACGAAGGCAUACCUGCCAAUGGAACCAACACAACAGCAACAACGACAGCUUCCAAUGGCAACGCCGGCACUGGUCUUGAAGCCACUUCCCCUCCUCCAGCCACCCUGACGACGUCUGGAACCACGGGACAAUCGGAUCCCGAAGUUGAUCUUGAGCCAAUUGACCUCACCCGUGUUGGCGUCGGUAUCCUGGAUAAUUUGGUCAGCCAUACAUUCAGCAAGAGCUUCAUUACUAAGGUGCCUCAAUCCAUCGCCAACUACCACGUCCUGAUCAAGAAGCCCAUGGAUCUGUGGACUAUCGAACAGAGAUUGUGGAAGACUCUUGAAACUUCAGGCGCAAAAUCGGGUGCUCCGCCAUCAACCUCCAUUCUCCUUGCUGCUUCAGGUGCAAUGUCGAUGAGCGUAACAGAGGCUUACAACAGUCUGGCUGAUUUUGAGCGCGACCUUCGCAGGAUCGUUCAGAACGCCAUGUUUUUCAACUCGGCGACCCACACCAUCUACAAGGAAGCCCAGGAAUUUCAGAACUCCUACCUUGGUCAACUGGACAAUUUUCGCAAGGGGGUGCUCGAAUUUGGCCCACUACCACACGAGUCUUACAAGCCAGAGCUCCUCUCUAUGACAUUGCCUGGACCUCUUUAUUUGUUCCGCGCACACACCCCUCGGGAGAUGGACCGAAAGAUGACGGAUAUCUCGACAGACUUAUUCUCCAGCCUCCACCAACCUAUAUUCGACAUUGCAACGGAUCAGAUUGGACAGCUCUCGCCUGAACGACCACGGUUUGUCAGAAUGUUUAUCAACAAAAACCGAAGCCUGUUGGCCAAGUGCGGCGAUGAGCGGUUUGCUAGAGUCGCUAUUCUCACGGAUAUUCAAGUCAGCAAGCCGUACAUGGGUUCAUUUGGUGAUGGUUCAGAGUCUUCAAAGGCUGUCUCAUCACCCGGUCCAGGACGUCCCAAGAGCAGCGGCGCUCAAGGAGGACCAACCAGCAUGGUCAAGAUGACAGCCAAGGUUCUAAUUGGCAAGCCUAUCGGAGAACGACACGACAUGGUGACCGUUGGCGAUCUGGAUUGUCCCAACGCAUGGAUGACUGUUGCUUGUGUCAGGGCCAUGGAGGUUGAGGUCGAAGUGCCCGCCAGGUUCGAGAAGGGGGUGCUCUCAAAGAUGCGACAUGAGGUGGUGCCCUAUUCUUCGGACCCCAAAAACACACCGGAACACCAACGAGUCUUUGCCAGUGCGUUGAAUAUACUCCUUCCAGGCAUCGCAAAGACUUUCCAGAAUCAAGGACAGACACCAGCGCUUAUCGACACACCCCAGUCUAUCCUCAGCUCGCCAUCCUCCUCUGCAUCAACACCCCCAGCCACCAAAGGACUGGGACUUGGUAUCACAACUCCCUCUACGACUAUCAGUGAAGCAACUUCGACAAGCCCACGGAAGCGUGGCGCCAGUUCGACCGUCGCAACCAUUACUGCAGGAGCAGCUUCGUCGAAAUCAACUUGGGUGGAUAUACAGGAUGGCGGACCCAAAGGUCGAUAUUUGGUCAAGCUACGACUUCCCGCAGUCAUCAGGACCACCCGCCGUCGAGGCAUGUCUUCUGCCGGUAUAUCCAUGGAUUCACAGCAUGUUGGCUCCGCCUCUACGCCAUCGACACCCCUCAUUCCGGGGCGUGUUCAUGCUCUGUCCAGCCAGGUGCCAGCAGCUCCUUCUCAUCUCUCGGACAAGGAGUCUCUCUCGGCGCCUGACUGGAUGUUGUUGAAUGAGCAGGUUACGAAGCGAGGCUCCAAGAUGCUGCAGGAUUUGAAGGCAGUCGCUCGGCAGAAGAAGGUUCCCUACGCCCGCUGGAACACGAUCGAGCCGACACUGACGGUUGACUCGGCUCAUGGAUUGUUCAAGCGGAUAUACCACGUCCGCGGUCAGCCCGGACUUGUUGUCCAGAAUUUUAAGGAGAUGGAUGCCGAGUCGUUCGAUCAGCGCGUGCGCGAGGUGGCGUGUCUGUUGAAGCUGAGGGGUUUCCAGGGUGUCGGUCAGAUCCAGUCGGUUAUUGACAACGAGGACGACCACCUUGUUGGCCUGUCCAUGACUAAGUACGCCUACACGCUCAAGCAGUACGCCACCAAUGCCCGUCGUCACCCCACCCCUUGCCAGAAGCUGAGCUUGAUUCGGGAGAUGGUCUCUGCCAUGUGUGCUAUCCAUCGCGCAGGACUAGCGCAUCGGGACUUGAGUGAGGUCAACAUCAUGGUGGACGAGGACCCGCAUGAACUCCUUGAGGAUCAGUCGCCUCGUCCUCUUAUCAAGGUCAUCGAUUUCGGCAAGUCUGUCUUUGUCAACCCAGCCGAGGUUCAGCGGUGGAGCAUGCGGGACCAUGUCCCCAAGGAAGAGCUGGCACUUUUGCCUCUCGUGGUCUUGCCGCCUGAUCACGGAUACAAACUCUACCGGUCAAUCCUGACUCUUCCCAAAACCAAACACGACCACACUCCUCUUGCCCCAGUCGACCCCCGUUCGGAAGAUGUGUAUUCACUUGGUGUACUGAUCUGGAGGACAUUCAGCGGCAAGUCACCUUGGAAUGGCGCGAUCGAGGACGAUUUGAAGACGAUCCGGUACUUGGUCUCGAGCGACUCACAGAUUCGAUUCCAGCUCGAGAAGGAGGUCGCUGGUACUAUGUCACGUGAGCUGUUGUUGAGAUGUUUGACGGCGCGAGCGGAGACACGGUCGACAACACAGCAACUGAAGGACUGGUUGAACCAGCCUGAGGUUGCCAGCGGACUUUUGCAGGAGUUCGAGGCGCUUGGUGGAGGACGAAAGAAGGUGCGCAAAAACCUGGACUAG